AGAAACAAUGAACAUCUACGUAAGUUAGAUACAGCGACUUUUAGCUUGCUCCUAGCUAGGCAUGCAGCAGCUGCUCAGCACUUUCGAAUGUAAACAAUGCCAACACGCGGGUUCAAUUGAAAUUGAAAUGAAUAUAGACGAUGGCCGAUGGAACCAGCACUAAAACCAGCACCAUGCGCCUGGGAAUGUGCGAGGUGUGCGCCGCAAAGGAAGCCCGCUACGCGUGUCCCAAAUGCGAGGUGAAAACGUGCAGCUUGCCCUGCGUCCAGAUCCACAAGAAGGAGCUGAGCUGCGAUGGCCAGCGGGAUCGCACCAAGUUCGUGCCCCUGAGCGAGAUGACACCGCGCGAAUUCAUGAGUGACUACUGCUUCUUGGAGGAGUGCACUCGCUAUGCAGAGAAUCGGAAAACCGAUCCGAGCAAGCGAUUUACCCACGACCAAAGGAAUCUACCGGUGGCACAGCAUCGCAUGCGGACGGCGGCCAAGAGGCGCAACAUUAACCUGCGCCUGCAGCUGGCGAAUUUCAGUCGGCACAAGGAGAACACCACGUAUCUAAACUGGAAACUGGGACGAUUCUAUUGGCGUGUGGAGUGGCUGUUUGCAAACAUUCCUCACGAGGCAAACCUUGCCCGCGAUGUCGCCCGCUUCGUGGACGAGCGAUGUGAUGAGGAGGUCACGCUGUCCGAUCUGGUAGCCAAGUACGUGGAUCUGGAGCAGGAGACGGCACGGGAUCAGCGCAAAUUGCUGGCAAACCAUCAGACUGCCGGCAUUGGCCAGCUGAGUUUUUGGCUAAGAGCCGAGGGCGUGCGUCGCAGCUGUACAAGGUGUUAUCUCCUGGAGGCGACCAAAACGCUGGGCGAGAAUCUAGCCGGCAAAACCAUCGUGGAGUUUCCCACCAUUUUCGUUACGCACGAACCGAAACCACCUGGUGGAUAUGAAGCCAUCGACAGCAGUGAAGAAUUCGAGGAAGAGCAGGAGGAGCUGCUGCCCAUAACCAAACCAGGACCAUCCUCCAAAGCAAUUGCGCAGGACUUGGAUGAUUCACAUGAUGUGUACCAUGAUCUGGCUGCCGCCUUUGCCGGUGAAGAUGUCAGUGAAACCGAAGACGACGAAGAAUUCGAGGCACUCUACAGAGAACGUGUAGAGCUGUAGAAACAAAGAAUCACCCGCAAAACACGCUCCAUUGUAAAUAAGACAACUAGCUAUUAAAUUUUACAUAAGUUCUGUAUUUUCUCGUACGCAUUUAAUUUGAUUUUUAUUUUAGGCUUAUUAAACAUUAAUAAUUCAUACCACACUUCGUUUCGAUCUAGUUCCGUCAUUGUCAACAUCAUCAAAUUACCAAUCGAUCAUUGAUCAUCAUAAUAUAGGUAUAUUAUAAAGAAGUUGGAAAAAUCAAGUUACAGAGCCUUGGGAUUAAUCGUAAUUUGUGUACACACUUUGAGUACAGAGUUUUGUGGUCAACACACAGCAGUUUGUCCCUAUUUGGAGGAUCUGUAGUUCAAUUUUGAUAUACCAAUUAGCAUUUCGAUUUGUACAUAAUACAUAUGUGUGCCAGUAUAUUCCUAUUAUAAAUUUGUUAUAUUACUUUCAUUCUUCCUAUUCUUUGCUUUUUCAUUUCUUCUUUUUUUUUUGCCUGCACCAGUUAUUUUUUUUUUGUAUAUUAUUUAAAUUUAAAAUUAAA